AUGUCCAUUCGUACUGUCGGUAUUGUUGGCACUGGCGUGAUUGGAGCAUCGUGGACCGGUCUCUUUCUCGCUCAUGGCCUGCGUGUGAUUGUUGCAGACCCGGCACCUGGCGCAGAGGAGAAACUGGCGUCCUAUCUGGAGAGUAUCUGGCCUGCGCUAGAGACCAUGGGUCUUGAUGAAAACGCUUCGCUUUCGAACUACCAGUUUGUAGGCGCGACUUUAGGCAGACACUACAAAGACGUGGACUUUUUGCAAGAGAAUGCGCCCGAAAGGCCAGAUCUUAAAACUAAACUUCUUGCCGAGAUCGACGCGGCUGUUCGACCAGAUGUUGUCAUCGCCUCUUCAUCUUCAGGCAUUCCAAGCUCGAAAUUCAUCAGCCAAUGUCAGCACCCUGAACGAGUACUCAUUGGCCACCCAUUCAACCCACCUCAUCUCAUGCCACUUGUGGAAGUUGUCCCACAUUCAAACACAAGUGCGUUAGCUGUCUCAAAUGCGAUGGUCUUUUACGAGUCCGUGGGACGGCGUCCUGUUCACAUCAAGGAGGAAGUACCCGGCUUUGUCGCCAACCGUCUUCAAGCUGCCCUUUGUAAUGAGGCAUACAGCCUAGUGGCUCGUGGUAUAGUCACCGCCCAGGACCUUGACGCUUGCGUUACUACUAGUCUGGGGCCUCGGUGGGCCAUGGUUGGGCCAUUCCUGGCGAAUGCAAUGGGAGGAGGCGGUGGCAGUGAAGGGUUUAAGCACCUUCUUGAGCAUCUAGGACCUGCAAGCCGAGUCUGGGUUGAGGAUAUGCAGGAACACAAGUUCGACUGGUCACAGGAUAGCAUUGAUGCCUUAGGUUCAAGCGUUUCCGGCGAGCUUCAAGGUAAAGACGUCCAAGAGCUCGAGCAAAAGCGGGAUGACGACCUCGUCAAGUUCUUCAAGGUCAAGGGCGUGAGGCGUACAAGCUUCCAUGGUAUUGCGCUUUAA